AUGGUGGAUUGUCUCUCAUUCUUAACCGUUGGAUCAACUGAUCCAAGCCCUACCCAAACGUGUUGUGGUGGGAUCAAAACGGUUCUUGAAUAUAGUCCUAAGUGUCUUUGCUCUGCGUUAGAGAGUAGUCGUGACAUGGGAUUCGUACUAGAUGAUAACAAAGCUCUUGCCCUGCCAAAAAUUUGCAACGUCCCCAUUGAUCCUCAUUGUGAUGUAUCUACUCUCUCUGCAUCAACACCAAUUUCUUCGCCGGUAGAGCCGCCUACGACUUCACCACCGUCUUCCACAAAGUCGCCGGCCAUAAUCCGUUCACCACCGCCUGUUAGCCACUCAUCACCGCCUGUUGGCCACUCAUCACCGCCGGUUAGCCACUCAUCACCGGCACGGGAAGUCUCAUCAUCGACAAUGACCGCUUCAUCGCCUGCAGCAACUUCACCAUCACCUUCACCAUCAGUAUCUAGUACCGGGAUCUUAUCAGUAUCCAAACUAGUCCUAGCUGUUGUUAUUGUUUCUUCUUUUGACUUUAACGUGGUUCACCAAUGUUGUACCCACGAUCUGUCAUCUCGGGCAAUAGGCGAAGGGCCUAGGCCGGACGCGUCUAAUGGGCCAGGAAUAUGCUACUGGUCAGCCCAUCGGGCCCGGAGAAAGGAGGAGAGUGCGGAGACGCUUCGUGUUGGUCAGCUCGCAGCUCGAGCUCGGUCAAAGAUUCUUGCAUUCAAGAGGAUUAAUUAG